AAUUCCAAAUUAGCAUAAAACCCCAGUAGAUGCCAGAUUACCCAAAUGAGCUAGCAUGAUGCUAAUUUAACAACUCAAUGCCAGAUAAUUUUAAAAUGACUGUAAACGAUGGUCUCAAAGUGCACAAUGUUUUUGAAGAAUUUGAAUAACCUCUUAUUAAUUUCGUAUGGGGCAUAUUUUGCUCAAUAUUUCAAAAAAAUAUAAAGUUUAUGAAGCUGAAAGCACAAUCAGUCCUGAAUGAGGUGAAUGUUUUGAUACCAAGAUUGCUUAAGUUGCUCAAAGUGUGGUUGAGUUUUUACGUGCCGAAAAACGUACAGAAAGGAGCAGGAGAAACACUAUAGUUUGAAUGCUUACUAAGCAUUAAAAACAUUAUUUUCAUUUUUAUUUAUACAAAUGCAAAAAAAGAUAUAGUCACUGUUUUAUUGGAAAAUUUGAUAUUUAAAUAUAUUGAAACUGCUUUCUGUAUGAAAUGAACCAUAACCUCAGCAGUUUAAAAAACUGUUUUAAAAACAAACUAUUUCAAUACCAUAUUUGUGAAUUAACUUACUAAAAAGUUUAUGCGUAAAGCUGAUAAUGCCCCAAAAUCAGACUGAAAUCCACACAUAACAUUUCCAAAACAGAUUUCAUAUCAAUUCUGUUGUAUUGCUGCUCAUGCAUCCUAAAGAAACUAUAGUAGAAGUUAGAAAAAUAAAUAUGCAAUAAUAAACAAUUAAGCACAAAGUUAAAAUGAGCAGAGACUCUGAAUCUGAAUUUUCAACAUUUUUAAUUUUAAUAAUUUUAUAGUUACAAUGGCUGCUAAAAUGUAUAUAUUAAGCUGUCAGAAUAAAGUGAUAAAAACUUCCUUCAAUCUCAAACACUUAAAAAAGCAAUAAAUGAUUAAAAGCGAUCUUUUUAAAUGCAAUAAAUGUUUUUGAUUUUAAAAAAAGAAUUAAAAUAAAAAGAAUAUCUCAUGUAAGGCAAUGUGUUUGCACUAAUAUGAAAACAGUUGUGAGAAAGGAAGAGUCUGCUCCGCCCCCAGGCUAACAAAGGCCCAAUCAGAAUUCUUCCGUUCUCCCUUCCCCUUCAUUUGGCCCUCCAAAUGGAGAGUUAUGAAAAAAUAGUGUCUCGUAUUUCGGGCGUCACUUUCGUCGAUGAUGUCAUCAAUAAUCGCCAGUCCGCUAGCUUUAGCGCAGAGCUUCCUGUGUUGAAUAUAAAUAACACCAGUUUUAGAACUUCAAAAGGUCACGCUACAACAAAAAGUCAUUACUUAGAUUUAAAUGUAAAUAUUCAGAGCGCACCCACGUGAAGAAAAGCGCUUCUCAGCGUGACGCGGUUUAGCCUCGCGGGGGAGGACUUUUUCGAAUUUAAAAAAAUACAUUUCCUGAACACACUUUUACUCAAACUCCCCCUUCAAAUGGAGACGUGAUGUUUAGAAGGAAAAAAUUCGGAUUUGGCCGAACACUUUCUCCGCAAAGCUAGCAGCUCGAGCUAGCGGUGAUCAGCUAGCUUGAACCCAUUAGCCAUCCCCAUUCCGUCUGUGCUCUGUUUUGGGGAUUUAGCUUCACAGUAAGUAUAUCAACAUUUUUUUUUUAAUUGAUGGGGAUUUUUAGGUUUUAGGGACAGCUUUAGGUUGACGUCAUGAAAUGGGCGGCACCCUCUGGGAGCAAAGGGCGGAGCUUCAGAGAUCGACUUGUUUUACUUCCUGGUGUGGAAAGAGUCAUGAACUCAUAUUUCAUAAAAAAAUGUGUUCUUUAGCGUUCCAAAUGUAAUAUAAGAUCAAAUAAAUAGUUAUAGUUCACUCUGAAAGACUAUUGAAAAUCAUGGUGUGUGCUCUUUAACAAUAAAUGGACAUCUGGAAAUCAGCGCAGUUAUGGUGCAUCUGUUUGAGAGCAAUCAUGUGUGCUUACUUCAACGGGGUGGAGAAAAGGACACGGGGUGGGGGGUUGAUAACCUAAAUUUAGGGAAAACUUUCUCCUCCUCUUCCUCCUUUUCUUCCUGCAUGAACCUAAACUCCACUCACCGAGCGGCACCAUCAUGAGGUCUGGCAGGUUGAAAGGCGCUUUGGUGCUUUUCGUCGUGUCUUCGGCUUUGUUUUACCUGGGCUCCAUCAAGAGAGAGGUUCACAGUCACUCAGAGAGACUCCAGAGGGCCCACCACAACGACUCCAUCAGGGGUCAGGGGAUCCUGCAGAGGAUGAGCAAGAUGGAAGCAGACAUCAGCAGACUGGUUGGUCUGCUGAAAAAGCUGGAAAGCAAAGAGCAGGAGGGAGAGUUGAAGCAGGAGAGGAAGAUGGUGAGAAAGCUGCACCCAAAGUCUCCUCUGUUCAGCCAGUGGGGGGAUCAUCUGUCCGAAGAGGACCAGGAAGAAGCCCAGACUCUGUUUCAGAGGUUUGGUUACAACGCCUUCCUGAGCGACCGGCUGCCGCUCAGCAGAGAGAUCCCCGACACCCGGCCUCCCAGGUGUGCAGAGAGGAAAUAUCCAGAAGAGCUGCCGUCCCUCAGUGUUGUCCUGAUCUACCUGGAUGAAGCUCUUUCCAUCAUCAAGAGGGCCAUCCGCAGCAUCAUGGACAAGACGCCCGCCCGUCUGCUGACGGAGAUCAUUCUGGUCGAUGAUCACAGCUCAAACGAGGAUUUGAUGCAGAAGCUGGACGACUACAUCAGCUUGAUUCAUGAAGAGCGUCCAGGCCUGGUGAAGAAAGUGAGGCACGCCGAGCUAAUGACCUUGCUGCUGCAUUUUGAACUACUUGAAAACUUUGAGAUAGAACGGGAUAGAUGAGAUGGAACGGGACAGGAAGAUAAGAAGGAGCGGCUAGGAAGACGAGCUAGCCAGAGGACUGAGAAUAUCUGCUGAACUGGACCUGAUUAAUGAUCUGAAGCCAGAUCUCUGUGUGGACCAAGGCCCACAACCAGGAAACACACCUAUAAUAUAUCCAUGCCACUUCUUCUUAUAUCAGCAAUGUUAUUACAACACUGAUGGCAAACUCUACAUCGGUGGGAUCAAAUCUCACAAGUACAACAGCGAUAGCUGUCUGGUGGACCUCGGUUCUGGGAAUUUUCCUGGUCUCUAUGAGUGCAAGGUCGCCCAAGAGAAGAAAUUUCACAUGUUGUGGGAUUUUAAGCAGGGAGGACAGAUCCAGAACAGGCAGACAAAGCGAUGUCUGGAGGUCGCACGGGGAAAAGAUGGAUACUUCAGUCUCGUCGUUCAACAGUGCAGCGGCCAAAGCUGGAAGAUCCAACAUGUCGUCAAUCAGACUGUUUCUGCAAAUGGUCUAAA